CUAUCUUCUUUGUAAUGUGUAAAUUAGUGCCGCAUUCUUCUCUCUUAUUUAGAGAGUAUGUACAUAAUUUGAAUACUCCCUAUUCCUCCAGCAUUUUAGAAAUGUCUCCGUGAUUCAUUUAUUCCGAAGUUAAAAAUUAUUCGAAGGUAAAAUUCACCGCUGUCGUAGAAUGCCUCUCAGUGACUGUUCGUGAUUUUGAUAACAGCAACAGCCUCGGUAUUUUUUUGUGCUACGUCGCUAUUUUCCCAUAGCAAAACUGCAUACCAUCCAGAAUUUCACAAAUUAUUUCAACUACUCCAUGAGGUUUUACAUAAAUGAAUUUUUUUAGACUUUAAAGGGAGUUAAGUGCAUUGUUUAGUUCGUGACACUCCCUCUCAUGAACAAGCUGUUGCUGUUAAAUUGACGGAAUCCUUGGUUAUUCUGUUUAAAACCAAUUCUGUACCAAGUUUUUAAAAUAAAUCUGCCCUAGUACAAAGUGUUUGCUUCCGAAAUUCUGCAUUAUGGAUGUGGCACAUCUUGUUCUCACCCCCCAGCUGGAUGGCGUCACGAUGCACGGACCUCCGUAUAAAAGCCCUCAGGAAGGUACUCUUUGCAACACCGGCCAUCAGUUAAUUUUUUCAUCACGGAAAGAAGGCGUAGAAGAAUUAUGGCUGUUGCAACAAAAUAUAGAUGUAGUAGAAAGGAAAGUGACCAAAGAUGUACCUGGUGGAAACCUUGUGAUAAAAUGUAAAGACUUUCGUGUGAUAACUUUUGAAAUCUCAUCAACGGAUGAUUUCAAUGAUGCAGCCGUAUCUAUAGAAUCAGUUGUUUAUAAUGAUAAAGUAACUCUCCUGUACCCUUUCUCGUAUCGUCCUACGUACCGCAUCGUGGAGGACGGAUGGACAGCUUUUCGGCCUGAAGCAGAGUUCAGUAAACUUACUGCAAGUGAGGAAUGGAGACUGACUCAUGUAAAUAAAGACUUCUCUGUCUGCCCAACAUACCCCAGUCUACUGCUUGUACCAAAAUGUAUUGAUGAUGAUGUUGUAGUAGCAUCUGCUAAAUUCCGUUCUGGUGGCCGGUUUCCCGUACUCUGUUAUCGGCACACAAAUGGCUGUGUUUUACUACGGAGUAGUCAGCCACUUACUGGAUCUGUCAAAAAGCAAGGUCUCACAGGACGCAGCAAAGAAGAUGAAAAAUUACUCAAUGCUGUAUUAGGUCCUGGGAAGCGAGGCUACAUAUUCGAUACUCGGACUCAAACAGUAGCACAAUCAGACCGAACUAAAGGUGGUGGCUUUGAGACGGAAAUGCACUACCCACAAUGGAGACGAUGUAGUCGACCAAUUGAGAGGCAUCAUGUUUUUCUGGAUAGUUUAAGCAAACUUGUAGAAGCAUGCAAUGACACCAACUCAUCUGUGGACAAGUGGCUGUCCCGUCUUGAGUCCAGCAACUGGCUGACGCAUGUGCGGAAUACUUUGGAUGUUGCAUGUCUCGCAGCACAGUGUCUUGAUCAGGAAGGAUGGUCAGUAUUGGUGCACGGAGCAGACGGAAUGGAUGCCACAUUACUUGUAACCUCUUUAGCUCAAGUUAUUUUAAAUCCUGAUUGUCGUACUAUUCGAGGGCUGGAAGCUUUGAUUGAGCGGGAAUGGCUUCAAGCCGGCCAUCCAUUUUGGACCCGUCACAAACGUGGCUGUUUCUCCACAACCAGCACCGGUCGCACCAAAGCUCAAGCUCCGACGUUUCUUCUGUUUUUAGACUGUAUAUACCAGAUUCAGAACCAGUUCCUAUUUAGUUUCGAGUUCACUCCUUCAUUUCUCAGUCUCCUCUUUCAACAUUCGUACGCUUCUGAUUUCGGAACAUUCCUUGGGGACUGUGAAGCGGAACGAAUCAGUUUAAAUUUAAGCGAAAAAACAACUAGUCUAUGGUCAUAUCUGAACCGUCCAGAGAUCUUACACACAUUAUUGAAUCCUUUGUAUGACCCUAAUAGUCGCAUAAUUUGGCCCUCUGUUGCUCCUGUUAGUCUGGUUUUGUGGCGAGAGUUGUUUCUGAAGUGGUCUGUCGAUCAAACUCAUGUCAAAGAAUCAUGGGAUGCCAUCUACCAACUCAAAGCAACCGACAGAGAGCUCCGCACGAAGGCAGCUAAACUAAAGAAACAACUCACAGAACUCGAAAAGGAAGCCGUCCAAGCAGGAAUUUUAUCUACUAGUAUCAAUGAAAUGGAAAAUGGAAUUACCAGGCUGGUGUUAUGAACAUCGCUAGCUCUCAGAGUCGUUUAGGUAAUUGAAAAAAUUUCUCGGAGCUUUUAAUUUUUCAGAGGUUCCUGGAACUUCUGAAACAGAGUAUCUCAGGCUAUAAAGACACAAUGUUUCCUUUUUCUGCAUGUUUGAACAAGUAAUCAGUCCUUCUAAACUGAUCAAAGUUGAUUCUCUUGUGAACCAUUUACCAAAUGUUGUAACCAGAGCCUCCCCUCUGCUCAGACGGGUAAUCUUUUCAAAGGGAAAUUUUAUUUUUUUAACAAAAACCUCAGUUUCACAGAUGAUCCCUCAUGAGGACAUUUUUUUUGCCUUUUUUGUGGAGUACGCACAAAAAAGGUCAGAAAAGCUACAUUGGAGAAACAUUUCGAUGGCUAAAGUGUGAAACCAUGUAUUUUCAUAGCGCUUUUUCACAAUUUUUGCUCCUAUUUUAUUUUUUCAAAUAGAAACAAGUCAACUUUAUAGCUUAAUAUUCUUGCGGAAUAUUCUGCCAAUAGAGAAGGAAUAUCAAAGAAGUUUUAAUGAAAUUACUUUGACUAGUUUUUCAAAGAAAAAAUGAAUUAUGACAAGAAGUCUGCAUUGUCGCAAAUGGCAAUACAAGGUUUCGCGCUUUGGUCAUCGGCUUCUACCUCCAAUUUUAUUGAACUCAAACUGAUGUGGGUCUGGACAUGAAUUAUUGAUUUCAGUGUUUUGCUCAAUUAUUUUAUUAUUUUACAAAAGAAACAAAUCUUUCGUCCCUCAUUUUAGCUGUCAUGUGUAACUUUUUCAGAUCAAAAUUUUAAUAAGAAGGCCAUUGUUUGCUGUAUCUGCUCAACUUGAGUAUUACUUUUCGUAUGCAAAAACAUUCUGUAUAGUUUUCCAAAUUUUUUCAUGUACUCAUUUUAAGAACAAACGUCCUUUUAUAAUUUAUUUUGAUGGUUAGAUCCAGCCAUACAAGUUGGGAUGAUAAGCUCUGUCACAUUAUUCAUUUUUUUCCCUUUCUUUAAGGACAUUUUUUAAGUGUUUUAAUAUUGUCUUAAACAACUAAGCAGUAUUUUUCACUCUACAUUGCAAAAAUGAUUUGUAUUAUAGAAUUCUGUGCUGUUAGCUUUAAACCGGAUGCAUUUCUAAGUAUUUUUUGUCCUUUAUGCACAAGUAUAACUUUUUUGCCAGUAAUUUUUCAUUUGAUCUGACCCAGUGCACCUAGUCAUCUGAAUAUCCUGCUAUUCUCAGUUUAUCAUGUCAGAAUAGAAGAGCAAGGACUCCAAUUUUGAGGUGAAACCACUGGAGGAGUUAUCCAAUCGUUCCCGGAAAAUAUGUAUUCAGGGUUUUUUUUUUAUUUUUAACCCAUCAAAUUCCAUAUAUUAGGCUUCAAAUUUUAGAAUUCUGAUCUUUCCAACCUUUGAACAAACAGAACCAUUAUAUUAUUUUUAAACUGGCAUAACUGCUUUGUUCACCAAGGAUAAUAUCCGUAAGAAAAGUUGGAUAUCAACGGCUAAAGAACAACACCGCCCGUCUGUAAAAAGAAGAUUUUACAGGACGAAGAAAAAACUUCAUCAUUUUUGUGAUUUUGAGGCUCAUUCUGCAUUUUUCCCCCUUUUCUUUCUUUUUCUUUUUCUCGUACGUUAAAGCAUCAUUAAAGCGCUCUGUGCUUCCAUGCAGAGUUGGAAAAAAUUAAAGACUUCAGAUUUUGAAUUUUAUACCAUAAAAUGUGGCAAAGUUGCUAGCUCUUUUUUGCGAAAAUUGAUAGUUAGGCGGUAUUUUUCCUUAGCCCUCAACAUGGUAAAAUGAAGAAAUUCUCACCACCAUUAAUUGAUGUGCGUUGUAAGAAAAAAGAAAGAUAAGUAUGAAAUAAUUAGGGAUGUUGUAAAUCUCAUCUCAUCUCCUUACUAAUUCAAACUGAAGAGAAAAAGAUUUUGUUUCUAAAACAUUCAAUGACUACGUUCAUCACUUUGUUGAGAAUAUUUUAUAAAAACGUCGAAACAACUUAUAUUGUUUUCCUCUUUUCUUUUUUUUAAACAAAUGCAACAAUUUCAAUCUUGGAAUCUUUAACCGCUGAUUCCUGCUUUUGGACUGGAAUCAUAAGUGUGAAAGCUUUUAACUGCCGGAUAAAGAAAAUAAUGAAGAAAUUUCGUAUAAUUUGCAAACAUCAACAUUUAUUUUGUCUUAAAGGUAAAAUAAAUUUGUGUGAAAAAGGAAAAUAAAAAAAUCAUGGAAGCAAGUCAUGUAGUUUACAUCAGUGUAACAUCAGCUUUAUCAUAGAUGCCAAACGAUGCUAGAGGACAACA